AUGGAUGGUCAUAAACAUGACUGGAUUAAAGAACAAGGACGCCACUGCAACGAAUAUUUCCAGUCAGCUUUUAUAGGUUCCUGCUUGUCCAUUUUUCUAGGUGGUAUUCUCUUGAUCUUAAUGUACAGGGCAACUUAUUUCUCCUGGAUGUUCUUAGCUGCAAAACUUGAGAUUCAGAUGACUACCACAGUUCACCCCACAUUUAUUUGGUGGAAGAGGCACUUUCAAGACUGGGUGUUGAUGAUGCUCUCAGCUCAGACCUCUGUGGGACGUGUGCUGGUUAUACUGGUUUUCCUGUUUAGUAUUGGAUCACUCAUCAUUUACUUUAUCAACUGUUACAGUGCCAUACAGUUCUGCCUCUCCUUCCAAGACAGGACAAUUAAUAUUGACCUCUUCUUCAAUAUAUUCUUCCUCUUUUAUUUUGGAUUGCGGUUCUUGGCAGCAAGUGACAAAUUGAAGUUUUGGGUCGAACUUAAUUCCAUUGUGGACUUCUUCACCAUCACUCCAGUCUGUGUUUCCUUCUACUUAGAAAAGAAUUGGCUUGGUUUGAGGUUCUUGAGAGCACUCAGACUGUUAGAACUUCCAAAAAUAUUACAAUUCCUCCAAAUCAUAAAGAGUGGAACUUCAAUCAAGCUGUCCAAACUUCUGGCUGUAUUUGUCAGCACGUGGCUCACUGCUGCAGGGUUUCUUCACUGGAUCGAGAAUUCUGGUGACCCCUGGGAAGGUCAGACCAAUUUCCAAAGCUUGGGUUACUUUGAGUGUUUAUAUAUGGUUAUGGUAACCAUGUCUACUGUUGGAUAUGGAGAUAUUGUAGCCAAAACUAUCUUAGGGCGUUGCUUCCUCCUUUUCUUCAUCAUUGGUGGGCUGAUGCUUUUUGCAAAUUUUAUACCUGAAAUAGCAGAUAUUGUUGGAAGCACUAAGAUCUACAAAGGUUCCUAUAAAACGGUGAAAGGCAGAAAGUUUAUUGUUGUUUGUGGUGAUAUCACUUUGCACAGUGUGACUGCUUUUUUAAGAGACUUUUUAUCCCAGGACACAGGAGAGAUCACCACUGAGAUCCUCUUUCUGGGAGAAACUGCUCCCAACCUGGAACUGGAAACUGUAUUCAGAUGCUAUUCUGCCUAUGCCUCUUUCUUCCAAGGCUCAAUCAUGAAGAAUGAAGAUCUGCAGAGAGUUCGGCUAGGUGAUGCUGAAGCAUGUCUCAUCUUAGCUGACGUAUGUUCAGCCCAGCCUUACACUGAGGACGCUUCCAACAUCAUGAGGGUGUUAUCCAUCAAGAAUCAAUAUGCCCAUGUCAGAGUUAUAAUACAGAUCAUCGAGUCUUCUAACAAGGUCUAUCUGCCCAAACUCCCUAACUGGGACUGGAAAAAAGGAGAUUGUAUCAUCUGCUUUGCUGAACUCAAGCUUGGAUUAAUAGCACAAAGUUGCUUAGUGCCAGGUUUGACCACCCUGUUGACCAGACUCUUCAUUCGAGAUGACACUCAGGUAACAAAAAACUUUUUGCUCGGGCACUGGCAUGAAAUACAAGGGAUGGACUAUAACGUGCUGACUGGGUGCCUCUCCAAUGAUUUUAUUGACUUGACCUUCCAAGAAGUUUGCCGAAUAUGCUUUGUCAAGCUGAAUCUCAUGCUGCUCGCUAUCCAGUUCAAACAUGGCCGUUAUGCCAACAGCAUCCUGAUCAAUCCACCUUCAACUAUUAAAAUCCAGUACAAGACCAUGGGCUUCUUCAUUGCCAGAUCUACAGCAGAAGUCAAAAGGGCUCGUCAUUACUGUAAAAGAUGCCACGAUGACAUUGAUAUUCCGGACAAUAUUGGCAAAUGCCAUUGUAAAAAAAGGAGAGGAUUUUCUUUAAGUUUACCGGUCACAGAAGAAAAAUCAAGUGAAUCCUUGCUAGACGCCACAGGAAUGUUCCAUUGGUGUGAAGCUGUGCCUUUAGAGAAAGCCCUCUUGAAGCGAAACAAGAACCUCGGCCCUGUGUUGCGCAAUCACAUUGUUGUCUGCGUUUUUGGCGAUGCCAGCUCAUCACUGAUUGGACUGCGCAAUUUCGUGAUGCCUCUGAGAGCCAGUAACUUCACAUUUGAUGAACUUAAGGAUAUUGUCUUUGUUGGAUCUCUUGAAUAUCUCCAGAGAGAAUGGGAAUUCAUCCAGAAUUUUCCUAAACUAUUUGUACUCCAGGGCACUGCCCUUUCCUGUGCAGACUUGAAGGCUGUAAGCAUCAAGCACUGCACCAUAUGUGCUGUCCUCUCAGCCCAUGCCAGAAGUGCUGGCGAUCAAACCUUGGUGGACACAACAUCUAUCCUGGCAACCCUGAACAUCCGUUCCAUGCAGUUUAAGUUCAGGUCAUCAGGAGCUACUAAGACAAUGGAAGUUAAUAGAGACCCAAUGGAUAUGAAGAGUCAAUUGUCACAGCUUCCUUUUAAAAGUAUCCCCAUCAUCACAGAGCUGAAAGUAGCUUCCAAUGCACAGUUCUUUGAGCAGAACAUGAAGGGAAGUGCGGAUGGCACAGAAAAGCAGCAUGCUGCAUGUUUUUUCAGAGGAUCGGUAUUCUCUGACAGCUUUCUGGAUUCUCUGUUGUGCACUGCCUACUAUAAUCAUCAUGUGUUGGCUUUGCUACAGACUCUGGUUAUAGGUGGAAGCAAUCCCCAACUUGAAGAACAUCUGGCAGAGAAGAUUUCACUGAGUGGCAGUUAUAGCAACAUAACACAAUUUGCUCCUAGAAAUAGAUGCAAGCUUGCUCUGUUGCCACUGACGGAUGAUCCAGCUUCAGUAGAAGAAAUCCUGGUCUACUUUGGAGAUGUAUACUGUAAAGCACUUGACAUGUUUGGAAUUAUUUGCUUUGGUCUUUAUCGCAUAGAAGAGGAGGAAGAAAACAAUCCAGCUGAAAAUAGGUUUGUGAUUUCUCGGCCAUCCAACAAUUUGGAGAUCUUAGCUUCAGAUCUAUUCUUUUGCCUUGUUCCAUUCAACACUUCAGUGACUAACCUGACCAGUGUGAUUGCAAAUAUGAUACCGACAAAACGGAAGACAGCCUUGAAUACUGGAAAACCACUGAUUUUAUGA